AUGGAGAAGAGAGAUAAUGAGCUGCCACCACCACCUCUGGUUUUGAGUCGAAUAAGAUUAAGAAAGAGGGAUGAUGAGCUCCAUGGGGGUGAUUUUACUGAUGAUGAUGAUGACACCGACAGCUGCUCAACUCCUCUACCACCACCCCUGCCACCCGGCAUAGAUUGGGAGGACUUGGAUCCCUACAAUGUGCGCCGCUUGAGUUUCCCAUCUCCAUUUGCUGAUAGGAACGAUAAAGAAGUGGCCUCGCAGGUUACCAUGGACAAUGAUCCUGAGGUAGACACAGAAUUUGAUGGAGAGGAGGAUGAAAGUGUGCUUGGCAAUGAUGACGGCAUUGUGGAUAGGGUCCAUGUGAAUCCAGCCAAGGGUAGGGCUCUGGGUGAUGGCAACUCUUCAAUGGUGAGCUGGGUGACAAAGGAUUCAGACUCUAUGGCGGUGCCUUGGAGGAGUAAGAAGUCACUUGUAGAGAUUGUUAAGGAGAUUGAUGAGUACUUCUUGAAAGCAGCAGCAACUGGGAAUGACGUUGUGGUUCUUUUGGACUCUGCUGGUGGGCGGCCUGAUGCCUUAGAGAUAGAGGCAAAGAAAGGUGCAGGAAAAAAUUCCAAAUCUGCAAAGGUUUUCUCCACGCUUUCUUGGAGCUGGUCUUUGAAAUCUCAGCAGGCUAACAGCGAAUCCUCAGUUCUGAAUUCUAGUGAUUCCUCUGGAUAUGGUUACCAUGGCAAGACGCUGGAGAAGCUUUACGAUGAGGAGCAAAAACUCUACAAGUUAAUCAAGGAUGAAGAAUUUGCAAGGCUCCAGUAUAAGAAACAUGUCUCAGUGCUACAAAAGCUAGAAUCAGGGGAGCAUGAUAGACUGCAUGCAGAAAGAGUUCGGGAUGCUAUUGAAGAACUGCAAACUAGGAUAAUCUCAUUGGAGGAAGCUGUGAGUUUGGCGUGUUUUUCCAUAUCAAAUCUCAGAGAUGAGGAAUUAUAUCCUCAGAUUAUUGAACUAUCUGUUGGGCUUGUGCAUAUGUGGAGAAACAUGUCCGAGUGCCAUCAGGUCCAGAACCAUAUUGCCCAGCAAGUUAGUCUCCUUGGCAACAUACCUGGGAGUGAACCAACAAGUGACAGUCAUUGCCAGGCAACAUCUCAGCUGGAAAUUGAGGUGUCUGGAUGGCACAAUGCCUUCUGCAAUCUCAUCACAUUGCAGCGUGAAUACAUUAGCAUCCUUAACCAAUGGAUUAGUCUCACAGGCUGCCUUCCAGAUGAUGGUGGCUUAAUGAGAAGUUCAUCUGGAAUCCGUAGCCUCUCUGAGGAACUCCAGCGUGCUCUUGACAGGCUACCGGAGAAGGUAGCAGCUGAAGCAAUAAAGACCUUUAUGUCAAUCAUACACUCUAUAGUUGUACAGCAGAGUGAGGAGCGCCAACUAAAGAAAAAGUCAGAUAACAUGGAUAGCAAGUUCCAGACCCAGUUAGAGAAACACAGUGAAAAUGCAAUGCAAAACUCAGCCCAGCCUCCAAAUAAGAAUCACUAUUCAGUAUCAAAGAAUGAAACGAAACUGGAUGCAUUUAGAAAGCAGGUUGAGGAGGAGAAGGCCAGAUACCUAACCUCUGUGAGAGUAAGCCGAGCCAUGACACUGAACAAUCUGCAGACAAGCCUUCCAAAUGUGUUCCAUGCUCUGGUGGGAUUCUCAGGAUUGUGCGUGCAGGCAUUUGAAGGUAUCAGCAGAUGCAGUGAAGUUGCUGUUAUUCACUCGGGAGCGGCUUCACCUGCUUUUGCUCGUGACCUUGGUUCGAUGACUGUGAUUAUUGAUUCCAUUGGAGACUCGUCGCGACGACGGCCCAGCCGCGCCGCUGCCCCCGCCCCCAGCGCGAGGGCCGCGGUGGCCGCCUCCAUCGCCGCCUUCAUCGAGUCCGCCGGAUUCCCGCGCGCCCUCGCCGCCCUCCAGUCCGAGGCCAGCCUCGAGGAGGAAAUGUCGGAUGAUGAUUCUUUGCUGGAGUACAGUGAAAUUGUUAUGGAGAUGUUUGGCAGUGAGGACGACGGAUUUGAGUUUUAUAACAACUACGCUUAUGAGAAAGGAUUUAGUGUGAGAAAGGAAUACUGCGAGUGGGACAAUGGCCACAAUGAGAGGACCCUUUGA